AAUAUAUGGUCUAAUCCACCGGUGUACUAAAUUUACUCGGACUGAGAAUUGUGACACUUGAGCGGGGCACGCUUCUGAAUGACAGCUAGAUUUUCUUAUUGGAAAAAAUAUUUUUUGCUUCGAGUUCAGUUUACUCAGUUUGCUGCUCCCGAGUAUUUUAGUUCCCGGUUUUGAAGCUGUUUAGUGCUGGUUCCAGGUUCCGGAUUCAUUUACAUCUGUGAUCCAGGCCAUCGCCCUCUGAUUCAGUACUGUGCUCCAUUAUGAUUUUUACGAUCCGGAUUGCGUCUGCAGUUGCCGACCUGAUUUUCCGUCACCAGAAAGCGAUCACCCUCCCGCGAACGAUCCGGAUUGCGUCUGCGGUUGUCGACCCGAUUGCAGAUUUCCGUCAGCAGAAAGCUAUCACCCUCCCGCGAACGAUCCGGAUUGCGUCUGCGGUUGUCUGCCCGAUUGCACGGGAAAUCACAGAGAUCCUAGAUCCAGCCACCUAUCUCUGUCGUCAGUCCAGAGUUCACCAACAGCCUUUGCUUCCGUGCCAUCAAUCUCAUCACCCCCCCUACUGUCGCCUGUUACCGCGUAGGAACUGGUCCAGAUUUCCUUCACCACCGGCAGGUCAGCGUUUACCGUUUCGUGUCGGAAAAAUCUAGAACCACUGUCGAAGUCUUCUGCUAUGAGUAACCGUUACAGAUUUACCGGCUUAUUGGCGCCAGCCACCGAAACGAAUUCGAGAAGAUUUAUACAAACAGGUGAAAGAUGUAAGUUACGGCAAGACGACAAAAUUUUUUUACGACAUGCCAACACCUCGAUCGCGGGAAGAUUUUCUAAACCUACUUGAUGAUUUGAAAUCUGAUGGGGCAAACUCAAUGGUGAUGCAAUCGAAAUGUGACCGAGUGAGAUUCCAUUGCAACCAAUGCGAAAGAAAGUGGAUUCCAGAUGAUAUCCUCCUCAAUAAAAGCAUAUUGCUUCAGGGACAUUUCGACCUCAGAAACGAACUUAAAACACUGCAAGAGCUUCGGAUGAUUGGAAAGGAAGUGCGGUUGGAACUAUCCGCUAGCGAAGUAGAGUGGGUGGAACAGUGCACCCGAGAUCAAUUCAAAUCAGAUCUGUGGAAUUGGGUUCGCAUUGGAAGAAUUACUGCGUCCAUUCUGAAAAGUGUUGUCAAUGCUUCCAACGAAUUUCCACCGCCAAAAAGAUGUACCUUAAGAUCAAUUUGCCAUCCUUAUGGGAUUAAUUUUGAAACUCCAGCCACACUGUAUGGUCGGCGUAAUGAACCUUUUGCACGCCAACAUCUCAUAAAACUUUGGGCUGCUGAUCACCAAAACGGCGUUGUUAGUGAGUGUGGGAUUUUUCUUAACUGUGAAUAUCCAUAUAUGGCAGCGACACCCGAUGCCAUUGGGUCAUGUACAUGCUGUGGAAAAUUCGCAGUUGAGAUCAAAUGUCCAUUCAGACUUGACAGCAAAUCAAAUCUGGAUAAGCAACUGUCGAUUUCCGAUUUAGCUGGUAAGCCGAAUUCUUUCCUUAGAUUUCAUGGAGAACAAAUCGAACUUAAUCCAGACCACGAGUACUUCUAUCAAGUGCAGGCACAGAUAUUCCUUACCAAUGCCGAUUUUGGCCUAUUUGUGGUGUGGAGCAAGCGAGAAUGCGUGAUUUUAAAAAUUCAAAAGCAUUUUGAAUUAUGGAAUAGGUGCGUUGAACGAAGCCAUCUAUAUUUUAAAAAAAUUAUCAUGCCGGAAUUAUUAGGUAAUUUUUACACAAAAGAUAAUCAAUAAAAAAGCAUUGAUGUAAAACCUACAUUUACCUUUAAAACCAGCAAACGAAGUGCAAUAAAGAGAA